CCCUUUUCACUCUCCCCGAUUGGUUGGACGCUAAAGGGGCGUGGCCUCGCUUGGGAAGCAAUGAAUGGAGAGAAGGACAAGGGGCGUGGCAGGAAGUUGGAAAUCGCGAUUGAGAGAGGAGGUGGCGAAGGCAAGUGGGCACGAUGGUGGACUCCCAGUACAUCCUCCCGAACGACGUGGGCAUCGCGGUGUUGGACUGCGUGGAAGCCUUCCGCCUCCUGUCUCCCGAGGAGCGCCUCUACGCCCACUACCUCUCGCGGGCCUGCUGGUACGGGGGGCUGGUGGUCCUGCUGCAGACCUCCCCCGAGGCCCCCGCCAUCUACGCCUUGCUCUCCCGCCUCUUCCGGGCCCAGGACCCCUCCCACCUGGGGGAGACGGCGCGCACGCUCGGCCUCUCGGAGGAAGAGUACCAGGCCUUCCUGGUUUACGCCGCCGCCGUCUACGCCAACAUGGGCAACUACAAGUCCUUCGGGGACACCAAGUUCGUCCCCAACCUUCCCAAGGAGAAGCUGAAGCAGUUGGUGUGGAAGAGCCAGGCCUUCAAGGACCACCCGGAGGAGAUGGAGGCCCUGUGGGGACGAUGCGGGGACCUCAUGUUCUCCUUGGAGCCCACGCAGAAGCACCUGGGGCUCAGCGGACAGGGCAUUUCGACGUAUUUCUCUUCCAACUGCAGCAUGGAAGACGCCAAGCGAGCCCAGGACUUUCUGGACUCUCAGAGCAUCAGUGCUUACAACACGAGGCUCUUUAAGAAAGAAGUCGACGGGAAAGUGAGCUACGAAGUGCGCCUGGCUUCGGUGUGUUCGGAUGAUUCUCAGCUUGAUGCCGAAUUGGCCUCCAAGUUGAAGUGCUUCCCGUUCGGCGACUGCGAGUUCUCCGUGACGCUCGGCGACUACGCCCCGCUUCUGCAGAAAGUGGUGGAGAACCUACAGAAAGCUCAGCAACACGCGGCCAACGCCACCCAGGCGGAAAUGCUGGCCCACUACAUCACCAGCUUCACGCAGGGUUCUGUGUCGGCCCACAAGGAGGGCUCCCGCUGCUGGAUCCACGACAAGGGCCCCAUUGUGGAGAGUUAUAUCGGGUUCAUCGAAAGCUAUAGAGAUCCCUAUGGCUCCCGCGGGGAAUUUGAAGGGUUCGUGGCCAUUGUGAACAAGGCCAUGAGUGCGAAGUUUGCGCGCCUGGUGUCCGCGGCCGAGCGCCUGCUGGAGGAGCUCCCGUGGCCCCGGGCCUUCGAGAAGGACGCCUUCCUCAAGCCGGACUUCACCUCCCUCGACGUCCUCACCUUCGCCGGCAGCGGGAUCCCCGCCGGCAUCAACAUCCCGAAUUAUGACGACAUCCGGCAAACGGACGGCUUCAAGAACGUCUCCCUGGGAAACGUCUUGUCCGUGGCCUAUUCCACGAAGAAGGAGAAGCUGACCUUCCUGGCCGAAGAGGACAAAGACCUGUACAUCAAGUGGAAAGGCCCCUCUUUCGAGGUGCAGGUGGGCCUUCACGAACUCCUGGGCCACGGCAGUGGGAAGCUCUUUGUCCAGGAUGAGUCGGGGGCCUUCAACUUUGACCGGGAAGCAGUGAUUAACCCAGAAACAGGGGAACAAAUUCGGAGCUGGUACCGCGGAGGCGAGACCUGGGACAGCAAGUUCUCCAGCGUGGCUUCGAGUUACGAGGAGUGCCGGGCCGAGUGUGUGGGGCUGUAUCUCUGCCUGAACAAAGAGGUCUUGGGAAUCUUUGAGCUGGAGGGCAAAGACGCAGAUGACGUUGUCUACAUCAACUGGCUGAACAUGGUCCGGGCGGGCGUCCUGGCGCUGGAGUUCUACACGCCCGAGUCCGGAUCCUGGCGGCAGGCCCACAUGCAGGCCCGCUUUGUCAUCCUGAGGGUCCUCCUCGAAGCCGGCGGGGGUCUCGUGUCCCUCCGCCACGUCACGGGAGAGGACGGCAAGCCCGACGCGGUGGUCACGCUGGACCGGAGCAAGAUCGCCGCCGUGGGGAAGCCGGCGCUGGAGCGAUUCCUGCGGAAGCUGCAGGUGCUGAAGUCCACGGCGGACGUGGUGGGGGGGCGGGCGCUGUACGAGGCCUAUUCGGCUGUGACGGACGCGGGACCAGAGCGUUUCCUGACCCUGCGGCACACGGUGCUCCUGCGCAAGGAGGCGCGCAAGCUUUUUGUGCAAGCCAACACACGCUUGGAAGGAGACGACGUCGUCCUGGUGCAAUACGAAAGCAGCGCCGCCGGCCUGGUCCGGUCCUUCCGCGAGCGCUUUCCCGUAGACGCCGACGUCCUGGAGAGACAGCUGAUGGAUCUGUCGCGUGCGGACGCACACUUCUGGGCCAAGUGAUGCGCCCCGGUGUUCCCUUGAUCUGCGCAGCCCUGCAAGGCGUCCCCGUGUUCCUUGCCCUUGGGUUGCGCUCACUCAAUAAACAGUAAAAGUGUGCAAAGUGGA